AUGGAGAGUGUGAGCACAAAGGAUUACGAAGAUGUUCUAAGAGAUAUUGAAGAUACUGUUGCUCUCAACAGCGAAGAAAUUCUAAAUAAUCAAGAAUUAAGACUCAAAAAUACGCUGCACGAAAUUACGUCAAGCAUUCUAGCAAUAAGUGAAGAGAACAAGUUUGUUAAUCCUCUCAGAGACGAUGAAAGUCCAGGUUCAGAAAGAGAUGAGGCAUAUGUCAAUCCCAAAAUUCUAUCUGUAAAGAUCAAAGAAUUCAAUAAGUUGAUGGAAUUAUUAAAGCUAACCUACCUAGAACAGGAGACGUUAGAUUACUUCUUCAGAUUCACCCUGUCUUCGACGGAUCCAUUACAGUUAAACUCUGAAAGAGAUCCUCAAUUUGUGAAAUUGAAUAAAAGCGUUGAUGAUCUAAAAGACGAAAUUUCAGAUGUUCACGAAAGCAAGAUAGAACAAAUCAAAACCGAGAUUCAGGAUACAAGCCGUAAUUUUGCUCAAAAACAAGAUAAACUAAAUGAGCUUUAUUUGGAAGCCACGGGUGAUAUUGAAAAUUGUUGGAACUCACUCAACGAGUUGAAACACUUCACAAACCAAGAAGAUGAAAAUAUAUCCGGAGACAAAGAUUUCGUAUUGAAUUCAGGUGAACCUGAUGAUAUUGUAGAGGAGACCUACGUAAAUUGGCAAAAUCUGCUUUCCUUAAAAAAGCAAAAUCGAAAAUUAACAAAAGAGCUCAAGGAAUUACAUGAAGUGAAAAAUCAGAUAAUACGAAAUGAUAAACGAUUGAACAAAGUAGAUGCGGAACAGGCGACGGCCAAAGAAUUAGAGCUGUGUCAGUCUAUUAAUUCGUUGAUAAAGUUUUGGGAAAAAUAUUUUCUGUUCAAAGGAUUAAAAUCGACGACUAUUAUAAAUUUCGAAAUAUUUUCUCAAAUUGGGAAAGUUCAAUUUGAGAUAAAGGGCUUGAAUUUCAUAAUAGUCAUUUCUUUAUCUGAUUUGAAAAGGCCCAUGAUCAAAGACAUUACUAUUCUACAAAAGAUAGGUGGGAAUAUAGUUACCAAUGUUGAAGUUACCGGUAAACUUAGCGAUAAAUACCGAAAUAAUGACCAAAUAUAUAUUUUUCAGGCGAUGGAUGAUAUUAUAAGCGAACUAACAAAUGAAUAA